AUGGAGAAGACCAUCACCAUCUCCGCCCGUACCAAUGAUGUCGCCUCUCUCGACGAGCCGCCGGCGCAUUGGAUCGGGAACCCCCCUACUCACUUCCAGAACCCGUGGCCCUCGUUCCGCCACCACAAUCCCACCUGGGGGGACAUCUGGCGAGUGCGUUUCGGCUCUGGGCGAAACUUCAUCCCCGUCCCCGUCAAGAGGGACGAGCUCGUCAACAUCCGCAAGCCGGACUGGGGAGCUGGCAAGAAGGGCACCAAGGCCACCUGGUUCGGCCACUCGAGCUUCUUGAUCGAGACCGCCGCCGACGAGGGCCGCGAUAGGGGCGUGCGCAUCCUCAUGGACCCCGUCUUCUACGAGCGCAUGGGCCCGACCAACUUCAUCGGCCCCAAGCGCUUCUCCGAGACGCCCUGCAAGGUCCGCGACCUGCCCCUGGUGGACGUCGUGUGCAUCAGCCACAACCACUACGACCACCUGGACAUCGAUGUCAUCAAGAAGCUCUACCUCGACAAGCGCCGGACCGCCGCCCUGCACUUCUUCUGCGGGCUCGGCACCAAGGCCUGGUUCACCAGCAUCGGCGUCCGCCCCGAGCACGUCACCGAGAUGGACUGGUGGGACGAGCUCGAGAUCGGUGUCCUCGACGUCGGCACCGUCAAGCUCGUCUGCACGCCCGCCCAGCACGGCAGCCGCCGCAGCGCCUGGGACCGCGGCGCCAUGCUCUGGUGCGGCUUCAUUCUAGAGGAGGUCGGCCUGGCCGAGAACAAGCGCAUCUACUUCGCCGGCGACACCGGCUACCGCUCCAUCACCGAGGAGGACGUCGCCGCGGGCAAGGACAUCAACGACCUCCCGCGGUGUCCCGCCUUCGCCCAGAUCGGCGAGCGGUACGGGCCCUUUGACCUCUCCCUGCUGCCCAUCGGGUGCUACACGCCCCGGACGUUCCUGUCGGGCGUGCACUGCGCGCCCGAGGACUCCAUCGAGAUCCACGUCGACAUCAGGAGCAAGAAGAGCCUGGGCAUGCACUACGGCACCGUGAGGGGAGGGCUGAGCGCCCAGUACGAGGACGUGCGCGAGCCGCCCAGGAGGUGGAGGGAGGCGUGCGAGAAGCGAGGGUUGACGUGGAAUGACGAGAUUACGCUCUGCGAUAUUGGGGAAACUGUAUUUGUUGAAUAG